AGGACAACAAUGGCGACCAUGGUGGAGGAUGAAAAUUCGGUUGAUAUGAAUGAAGAUAAAAAACUGCCAUUUAAUCAAGUUUCCUAUAACUGGGUAGAUAUUACCCAAGAGUUCUUCGAUGCUAUUACAGAGUUGGAACUGGGAGAACUCUUACACAAUGAGUUCUUUGGUCUUUUUGAAGCAAUGUCAGCCAUUGAGAUGAUGGAUCCUAAAAUGGAUGCAGGAAUGCUGUGCAAUCGUGGGAAUAGCAAGCCUUGUACUUUUGUACAAGCUGUAGAAACGGGUGCUAUUAAAUUAGAUAAUUUAACACCCUCCGAAGUUAUCGGAAUAAUAGAUUCUACAUAUUCUUGCAUAGUGUGUUGGUUGGAAGGACAUAGCUUAGUACAGACAGUUUUUACUAAUUUAUAUUUACAUCAGCCUUCAAUGAUAAUAGACAAACCUUUGAAAACGUUUUGUUACGCCGUAUAUAAAAUUAUCGAAGUGAUCAAGGACUGCAUUAACAAAGCCUUAGUUUUUGAGGAAGAAGAUUUUCAAAGUCUUAACUAUGGAUACAGAUUACAACAAGAUAUUACUGAACAAAAAACAAUAUCUAUGUUGAGAGAAGUGGAAGAAGAACUUCAUAGAAAAAGUAGAAUAAGACCAAUUGACAUCGAGUCAGAAAAAGAGUACAAUGAUGGCUUAGCACUUUAUGUGAGAAUUAGAUUUACCAAGAUGUUCUACCAAACUUUAUCACUGAUGGGACGCAAAGAACAGUUGCAACAAAAUUUUGUUGAUUGUCAAAGAUUAUUAUCAAACUGUUCUGAUAUGAUUCAAGUUAUGAUCAAGACUGUUAAUCGUGGAGAAAAGGCAGAUGAAAUAUCUGAUCAUCCAAAUAUAAUGGGUUUUGAUGCUAUGGUCAAUCAGAGAUUAUUACCUCCCACCUUUCCACGAUAUACUAAAAUAAAGCCUCGAGUUGAGGCUCUAGAAUAUCUAGAUGAAUUGUUAAAUAGAUUUAAAACUGUUACAAAAAUCACUUAUCAAACUGGAUUUCAUGCAGCACUGGACUUUUUUUUAGAAUUUUCUCGGAGAAGCCCAUGCAUAUUAUCUCGAUCAAUGUUACAAAUAGUUUAUCUCCCAACAACAAAUCGUGUAUUUGGCGUUCACAACUUUGCUGAUGUUUUGAAAGAUGCGGCAAGAAAUUUUAUUGCACCACCGGUAUUAAUGUCUAAAAAUACGUUGCUUCAAAAUCAUCAGGUCAAGGAAUAUGUUGAUGGUUUUUUUUCACGUUGUGUUACCUUGUUUGGAAGUUUGUUGCAAUUGACUGGACAUAAUAGGGCUAGACAAAGGGAUAAGUUAGCACAUUUAUUAGAAGAUUUUGCAACCUUACAAGAUAAGGCUGAACGAGUAGAUGGGUACUUACGCUCAUUAAAAAGUGACAUUUCAAGAUCGCAUUGGGCUUGCUUUGGCACAUGGAUUUUAUAUCAUAUGUUACGUGUAAUGAUUAUGUAUCUCUUAAGUGGUUUCGAACUGGAAUUGUAUUCUGUACACGAAUAUCAUUAUAUUUUUUGGUAUCUGCAUGAAUUUUUAUACGCAUGGUUAGUAUCUGCAAUUACAAGAGCGGAUACAUUUUUAAAUGAACAAGAAGCACACAAUGAUACACAUAAAGGAAGGGGAGGUAAAAAAAGUGCCAAAAAUAAAAAAAAGAAAUCCACACCAAGACCACAUCAUCUUGAAAGUUUAAUAUACCAAGCGAUGCAAAAUAUUUGUGGCGGUUACUACAAAGCUUUGGUCGGAUUUCGUAUAGAUGGAAAGAUUCCUCUUCCAGAAACUCAAUUUGAUUCGGAAAGAGUAAGAUAUGAACAUAGAUUGUUGCCAUUCUCUUCUCUUCGUACUCCUCCACCGGUUCAUUAUCAAGAAUUCUCAGAAAUGACUAACGCUCAGUUGUACAAGAAAAAUGAUAAAGUCUCGAGCUCGACACAAUAUUUAGCAGGUUGCUGGCACUUUCAUAGAGCUAGAAAUAUGUUAGAACGUGCAAUAUUGUUACCUUGUCCGACAACUGUUAAUACCUUGGCUGAAAUCAAUGAUCUAUUAAAAGUGGCAAAGACUAAUUUUGUGGUUCUUAAAUUAUUGGCAGACGGACAUAAAAAGGAUUCGAAAGAGCCACCAGUAUUUGAUUUUUCAUGUCAUCAACAUUUUCCUUUGAUUAAGCUUACUUAAAUUUGUAUAUCCUUAAUAGACAUGUUUUUAUUUUAUAACAGUAAAAACAUGUAUUUAUUUUAG